UGACUUGCGAAAGAUUAAUGUGAACAAAGCCAACAUGGAGCUGAACAUACGAUUCCUUUCUAGUCUGAGCCCUGAAUGGAAGAGAACAGUGAAGAAUGUGAGACAGAGUCUAGAUCUUGAUGAAGUUGAUCUUUACACCAUUCAUGAUCAUCUACAACAGUUUGUAAACGACACUGCAGAACCCGAAAUUGCUGAUCCAUUUGCUCUAGUGAUGGAAACUCAGACGAGGAGUACCACUAAAACGCAAAAGAAGAAGAAAGCUGUAGUGAUGUCAGAAGAAGAUGAAGGAAGUGAUGAAGAGAUAGACAUGGAGUCUGAAAUGGCAGAGUUGCAGAAGAAAAUGGCACUCUUGACCAAACAAUACAACAGAAGGUUUAUUAAGAAGAACACUUCAUCCAACAAGCUGAGAACCUCCUCAUCCAACUACAAACCAAAGCGGUUUGAGCAGAAUUCCUCAGAAGGAGUUGUUGCAGCAGAAGAACCUCCUAAAUGCUUUAAUUGCGGAAAGCCAGGACAUCUGAUCAAAGACUGUCGCCUACCAAGAAGGAGGGACUUCAAUUACUACAAGCAGAAAAUGCUCCUGAAUAAGCAAAAGAUGUUCAUGGCAAAGCAAGAAGAUGAAAAUGCAGCACUGCUCGCUGAGAAGGACCAUUGGAUGGAGGAUGAUUCUUCAGAUGAGGAAGAAGAAAACUUAGCUUUAAUGGCGAUAGUGGAAAAGGAUGAAAGAAAGGGUGAUGCUGCGAUCCCCAGAGAUGAUGAAGGUGAAAGCUCAAACAGCAUUGAACCAAAGUGAGUCGGAGAUGGGAGAAGAGAGAGGAGUGGAAGUCAAGAAGAAGAGAGAUUGCUGAAGGAAAGAAGAAAGUGUUUUUGAAAAAUAAAAAUUCUAGUUCAAGUGCGAUGUUCUAUUCCAAAAAUAAUUGUAGCUCUGGCUCUGUUAAGCAGUCUAGUAGUCAAAGUUCAGUCUUGAGUCCCAAGCUGAAUGUUUCUAGAUCAAAUGUUGAACCCUUUGUAUCUUCUGAUAAUGUUU